AUGGACGCGCAUUGGGGUCCCGCGGUGUGUCUGGUGGUGCUGGUGCGGACGUGGGCGCUGGUGUCGGGGCAGGUGCGGUACUCGGUGCCGGAGGAAGCCAAGGUCGGUACGGUGGUGGGGCGGCUGCCGCAGGAGCUGGGUCUGGAGGCGGGCGAUGCGGAGGCGCGGCGGCUGCGAGUGGUGUGGCAGGGCCGGCGGGCGAGCGUAGAGGUGAGCGGGGCGAGCGGGGCGCUGGUGGUGAGCUCGUGGCUGGACCGGGAGGAGCUGUGCGGGAAGAGCGCUCCGUGCUCGCUGCGCCUGGAGGUGCUGCUGGAGCGGCCGCUGCGCGUCUUCCCUGUGGAGCUGGAGGUGACCGACAUUAACGACAACGCCCCGCUCUUCCCCGCCGCACGGAAAAACAUCAGCAUGGCGGAAUUAACCACGGUACCGGGCUCCCGUUUCCCGCUGGAGGGCGCGUCGGAUGCAGAUAUCGGCGCGAACGCUCAGCUCUCCUACACACUCAGCCCCAGCGAGCACUUUACGCUGGACGUUAAAUCUCCUGAUGAAAACAGGAAACUUCUGUUUCUGGUGCUCACGAAAGCUCUGGACCGGGAGACGGUGCCUGUGCACCGGUUGGUGCUGACGGCGAGCGACGGGGGCCGUCCUUCCCUGACCGGCACUAUGGAGGUGGUGAUCUCGGUGCUGGACGUGAAUGACAAUGCCCCGCAGUUCAGUCAGUCGGUGUAUAAAGUGCAGCUGCCGGAGAACGCUGCGGAGGGGACUCUGGUGGUGCGAGUGAACGCCACGGAUCCGGACUUGGGACCAUACGGAGAUGUGAUUUAUGAUAUUGAUACUUUUGAACCUGCCUCCGGUUCAGAUCUAUUCAGCAUCGAUACGAAGAGUGGCGAGAUCAGACUGAAGGGGUCCCUGGACUUUGAGGCAGUCACACUGUAUGACUUGCAAAUUAAGGCAAUGGAUAAGGGAUUGCCUCCCCUGUCGAGUCACUGCAGCGUGGAGCUGGAGGUGCUGGACGUGAACGACAACGCGCCCGAGGUGUGGGUGACGUCCCUGUCGGUGCCGGUGCCGGAGGACGCGUCGGUGGGGACGGUGGUGGCGCUGCUGAGCGUGUCGGACCGGGACUCGGGGGCGAACGGGCGAGUGCGGUGCUGGGUGUGGCCGCCGUCGCCGUUCGGUCUGGAGUCGAGGUUCGCGGGGUCGUACUCGCUGGUGCUGCGGGAGGCGCUGGACCGGGAGCGGGUGUCUGCGUACGAGGUGGAGGUGCGUGCGGAGGACGGCGGGCAGCCGUCGCUGCGUGGGAGUCGCGGAGUGCAUGUGCCGGUGUCCGACGUGAACGACAACGCGCCGUCGUUCUCGCAGGCCGUGUACACGGUGCUGGCGCGGGAGAACAACGCGGCGGGGGCGGAGCUGGCGCGGCUGUGGGCGCGGGACCCGGACGAGGCGGAGAACGGCCGCGUGAGCUACUCGGUGUGGGAAGGCGGCGCCGGGGCCACGUCGUCAGGGGUCGGGUGGCGUCCUGCGUCGAGCUACGUGUCGGUGGACGCGGAGAGCGGUCGUCUGUGGGCGGUGCAGCCGCUGGACUACGAGGAGCUGCAGGCGCUGCAGUUCGAGGUGCGAGCGGUGGACGCGGGGGAGCCGCCGCUGUUCGGCAACGCCACGGUGCAGCUGUUCGUGGUGGAUGAGAACGACAACGCGCCGGCGCUGCUGCCGCCCCCGGGCGGCGGUCUGGGGCUGGUUCCGCCGGCAGGGCAGGUGGUGGCGAAGAUCCGUGCGGUGGACGCGGACUCGGGCUACAACGCGUGGCUGCGGUACGAGGUGUGGGAGCCGCGUGGGAAGGGCCCGUUCCGCGUGGGGCUGUACAGCGGCGAGGUGAGCACGGCGCGGGCGCUGGAGGAGGCGGACGGCCCGCGUCAGAGGCUGGUGAUCGUGGUGCGGGACCACGGCGAGCCGUCGCGCUCGGCCACGGCGACGCUGAGCGUGUCGCUGGUGGAGGGCGGCGAGGCGGCGCUGUCGGGCGCGGGGUCGCAGUCUUCGUCGGGGCUGGGUGUGUUGUUGCCGGCGGAGGGCGGCUUCUCGGCAGGCGCCGCUUCGUCGUCGUCCAACGUGUGGCUGGUGGUGGCGAUCUGCGCGGUGUCGAGCGUGUUGGUGCUGGCGCUGGUGCUGUACGGGGCGGCGCGCUGUGCGCCGCGGGCGGCGGUGCUGUCGGGUCCCGCUCCGGCGACGCUGGUGUGUGCCAGCGAAGUGGGCAGCUGGUCGUACUCGCAGCGGCAGAGCCGGAGCCUGUGCGUGGCGGAGGGCGCGGGCAAGAGCGACCUGAUGGUUUUCAGCCCCAACUUGCCGCCUCCGCCUGCGGUCGCCGCUGCCAAGGACACCUCUCAUCCGGAGCCUUCUGCUCUGCUGGACACGGUCAGUAGUCCUCUCGUUCUCUCCUCCCCACCACCCUUCUUUCCUUCAAAUGAGAUCAAUGCUUCCUUCCUUGCUAGUUUGCAGCAUUUCCACCUGAGCUCCUUGGAGGACUGCAAGACCUGCAGGCUGUGGUCUUGA